CGCUCCGAACAAUCGAAUCUUUAUGAUAGCUGUCAUGGAAGAGGAAAGAUAUUUUAUUUUUUAAGUUAAUUUGAUUGCAUAAAUCAUUUUAAAGGAAAAUGCAACGAACAAAUAAUAAAGGGCAAACAAAAUUAAUUCGACAACAAUCGCAAUUUAAGGAUAAAGUUAUAAAAGCAUUUAAUGGACAAUUUUCUGGAAAUUCUAAACAUGAAGAAAAACCUCUGCAGUCAUCACCAUUUUACCAAACUUCCGUCAGUGCAGUACCAUCUCAUUAUAUUAAUAUUGGGUCAUUAUAUAAUGAAUGGAAUGCAGCUAGGUUGCACUUUAAUAUGACUCAUCCAGAAUUUGCAGCCUGCUUACUGCAUUUACUAAAAAGUACCAUACCAUUAUUGCCAAUAGCAAUGCAGUCAUCAGUUCCCUUUAUAAGAAAUAUUCAAGAUUGGAUAUCAUCAGCAGAGGAAUCUGAUGGACAAAAAACAUCUGAAGAACUGAAUAAUACAGAUUUUAAACCGAAUUCUCAAACCAAAAGAGGUCAAGAAAAUAGUCCACAAAAUUCUAAUAAUCAUUCUUUAUCAAAAGAAAACAAUGAUAUUAAUAGAGUUAAGUUUGAAAAUAUAGAAAAUUAUGGAGAUAUAAAUUGUAUAGAAGAUCUUCCACUAUCAAUUAAAUUAGAAGUAAAUGAUGAUGUGGAGAAAGUUGAG